AUGGAGCUUUCAAAACAGCAAAUUAGGCCAAUUUUGUUGUACGAGUUUAAAAGGGGCACGAAUGCGUCUCAAACCCAUCGAAAUUUAUGUGAAGUUUUUGGACAAGAUGUGAUUACCGUUAGGUCAUGCCAAUUUUGGUUUGAAAAAUUUCGAAAUGGUGAUUUUAACCUGGAGAAUGAGCCCAGGUCCGGGAGGCCUUCGGUCAUCGACAAAGCGCGCUUGCGAAGCAGAGUCAAAGAAACCCCGGAUAUUACCACUCGCGAGCUCGAGGCAGAAUUCGGAGUAUCUCACGGAACCAUCAUCAACAGCCUCCACCAACUUGGCUUUGUGUCAAAAUUGAACAAGUGGGUACCGCAUGCAUUGAGCGAGGGGAAUAAGCUUGAUCGCAUCUCCAAUUGGUAUGAGUCCGGAAGUUCAGCUCAGAGGACUCCAAAGCGGAAUAUCCACGGGCAGAAGAUCAUGUUAAGUGUGUGGUGGGAUGCGCGCGGAAUUGUCUACCAUGAGCUCCUACCAAGAAAUCAAACUAUCAAUACGGACCUCUACUGUCAGCAAUUGGAAAGAGUUCAGACAAAACUCAAGGAACUCCGACCCCAACUUGUCAAUCGUAAAGAAACAUUCAUCGACGAGGAAGAGAAUGCUCGUAACGCUGCUUCCACAUCGCGGCUUAAUAAUCCCAAGGUUGAUUCCCAGCGCUCGUCUCAGCGCAUGAUUUUGGAAGAGUUGACAAGUUAA